AUGAGCACAAAAUCCUCAAAUACCCAACAAAAAAUUGUACCAAAGUCGAUGAAAUCCUUCAUGCUAAUUCCUAUUCUGACUCACGAUGUUUCAGGUGGCGCUGUCGGCAGAUUGAAUUCUCCCGCCGCCACAGCAGAGAUAGAAGGCGACGAAGGCGAGGUCGUCAGCAUCGACACCCCCACUUACCCCCAACGCGACAUCACCGCCCUUCUGCAAGAAGUCACCCCUCUGCCGCACGACAUCUGUCAAUCGGACUCGAGAAGGAACCAGCAUGCCGUCCAUUUCACCCCGUAUUUUAUGUCGGUGUGGGAAGAGGGCAACGACAAAUACGCUGCUAAUAUCAGCGACAGACAUGUCAAAGAAUUAUUGCAAGAAUACCAACAAAAAAACGAAGAAAUCACAAAUCUGAGCUCCCCUGAAGGUGGAGGUGGAGGGGACUGUGGCAGUGAGGUAUUUGAGAAGUAUGAAAAAAGCAACCCAGCACACGGAGAUAAGAUGUUCCACAAUUUUUUGACAAAAAUUCAGGCCAAUAGUGGACAAAUACUAAGGUACUGCCGCGAAUCCACCCCUCUACUCCUCCACCCCCUAACCGAACCGCCCUUCAAGCAGUGCCCCCACUGCCGCGGCGAAACCGCCUUCGAGUUCCAGCUACUACCCACCAUCAUCUCGAAGCUGCAGCUGACCACCGACGCGAAACCGUGCGCCCGAUUGGACUUCGGCACCGUUCUGGUAUACACUUGCAGACGAAGCUGUUGGACAGCUGAUGGGGCCCCCAGAUCGGAGGGGGUCGUGGUGCAAAGCGAGGUUUAUUGA